CAAUUCUAAAAAGCCCACCCCCCACAACACAACCGUCCUCUACUUUCCAUACUUAAGCUCCUUUUCUCCCAAGUUAACCCCCAAAAAAAGUUAACACACUUCUUCUUACAAAACUCAAUAGCAAGCAACUUAUUUAGGAGAGAGAGUGUGUAAUUGGCUCAUUUUUAGGAAUGAAAGUUCCCCUCACCACCCCUCAAACUUGCAAGUCCACCACCGGAAACACCACCGCCACCACCACCAUCACCACCUCCAACGCCACCAGCAACAACAACAACAACAACAAUAACAAUACCACGUUCGAUUCACCUAACAGCAUCACCACCACCAACAGCACCAACUUGUGUUACGAGCCUACGUCGGUUUUAGACCUCCAGCGUAGCCCUAGUAGUCCGACGGGCGCUACUACCAAGACCGAUACGAAGAACAGUAAUACAAAUCCGACGACCGAUCUGGACAAUUUAGAGGGGUGGGAUUCAAUCCUGUCUGAAUUAGGGCUUAAUGACGAUUCCAACUCCAAUAAUCCCAAACUUUUAUUAUCCCAAAUCAGUUCAUCAUGUGAUACCACACAACAUCAUCAGGUCCUCCCGGACUUCACAUCCACCCACCAUUUUAACCAGAAUCAACCAUCCUCACUAGAUUUAUCUUCCGAUUACGCCAACUUCUGCGACUUCUCCUACAACAACAACAACAACAACAACAAUAGUAAUAAUAACCAGAAUUUUAACCCUAAUUUCGGACAUUUCGAUCAACAACAACAACAACAACAACAACAACAUCUUCACCCACAACUUCUUCAACCACACCAGACGGCGAACACGAACCCGAGUUUCGGGAUCGAUUUCCUAGACGAUCUCAUACGUGCGGCACAAGCGUUCGAAUCCAACGACUCAGAACAAGUCUAUGUGAUAUUAGCACGGCUCAAUCAACGGUUAAGAUCACCUCUAGGGAAACCUCUUCAAAGAGCUGCCUUCUACUUCAAGGAAGCUCUCCAACACCUCACCACCACCACCACCACCACCGACAAUGAUCACAGCAACACUCCAUCAAUGUUAUCGCCACCGCCUCGACCGCCGAAGCUGACGUCGUAUGAGGUGGUGCAAACCAUACGAGCUCAUAAAGCUUUCUCCGGAAUUUCGCCGGUGUCGCUUUUCUCCACCUUUGCUGCUAAUCAAGCUAUACUUGAAUCCGUCGUUGAUGGAUCGUCGCCGUUUAUCCAUAUUAUCGAUUUCGAUAUCGGAUUCGGCGGUCACUGGGCUUCGUUCAUGCGAGAGCUCGUUGAUAAAGCUUCUGAUCAUAAUCAUCAAGGUAAGGUUAGUAGUUCUUCAAUGGUGUUAAGGAUUACUGCGAUUGUUCCUGAGGAAUUUGGGAUUGAGAGUAAGCUUGUGAAGGAGAAUCUCAAUCAAUUUGCUCGCGAUCUUAACUUAAAUUUCCACAUUGAUUUUGUUUUGAUCCCGACUUUUGAGAUUUUGUCGUAUAAAUCGGUGAAGAUUAUGGAGGGGGAGAAGGUGGCGGUUCAUCUAUCUCCGGCGGUGUUUAAUCGGUUUUCGAAUAAUUCCCGGAGCGGAAUCUCGAAGUUUCUCGGCGAUCUACGUGGAAUUUCGCCGAGUUGUGUGGUGGUGGUGGAUAAGGAGGUUGGGAUUGACGCUGGAACGGCGUCGUUUGGGCCGACUUUUCUUGCCGGAAUUGAGUUUUAUACCGGGAUGAUGGAGUCUAUUGAGGUGGCUUCCGCCGGCGGGUUUACUGGAGGCGGAGAUAGUAUGAGGAGGAUAGAGACGUUUGUGCUGAGGCCGAGGAUUUUCGCGGCGGUUGAAGCGGCGGCUAGGGUGUCGGCGGGGAGGCGGACGACGUGGAGGGAGGCGUUCGUGGCGGCGGGGAUGAGGGCGGUGGGGUUUAGUCAGUUUGCUGAUUUUCAAGCUGAGUGUUUGUUAAGGAGGGCUCAGGUUGGCGGGUUCCACGUGGCAAAGCGCCAUGGGGAGAUGAUACUUUUCUGGCAUGAUAGGCCCCUCGUUGCCACGUCAGCUUGGCGGUGUUAGGCUCCUCGUUGCCACGUCAGCUUGGCGGUGCUAGGCCCCUCGUUGCCACGUCAGUUUGGCGGUGUUAGGCCGGCUACUGCCACGUCAGCUUGGCGGUGUUAGGCCGGUUACCGCCACGUAAGCCGUACCGUACCCCACUAAUCAUGGAGGGUAAUGGUAUUAAUUAACAUUUUAAUUUAGCAAUUUGCACUCUACUUGUAUUAAUAUAAAAUGGAUUUGUACUUUUGCCAAAAUGCUAAAUGUCUAAAUUUAGGGGGAAAGAGUACAAAUUUUUAGUACUUAAUUACUUAUGUUUGGUAAAUAAUUAGAGUGAGGGGGUAAUUAAAUUAAGAUAAGGAGGAUGAUUUUAAAAGGCGAAACCCUCUCCUACAGAACUUUCACUGCCCGACCACUCGGCAAAAGGGAUGAUUAAUGGUUGUUAAAGUGUUAAUUAGUUAUCGUCUCUGUCUUUAGGAAGUAGUGUGUUUGAUUGGAGAAAGGCUUUUAGAACUGGUUUAGGUUAUAAUUAGGCCUAUCAUUUACAGAGUAAAUUCCAUAUUAGCUCAACGAAAACACUAAGCUUUUAUGUUACUGAUGAAUCGUUAAUGUGUCCUUACUCAUAUCAAUGUUACGUGUUACAUGUUCCAAUUACAAUAGACGAUUUACAAGCAAUAGGGUUCGUUAUUACCAUGUAAUUCUAUUUGAUUUUAUUUGUUAACCAAAUCAUGGAGAAAACCAUUAUGCCUUGUCAUUAAAAGGUUAAAUAAAUGAAUUAUUCUUGUGUG